GCUCAAGUUUCACCGCAUCCGUCGGUGGUUGAGCCACUGGAGAGCUUCGUUGAACCAUCGGAGAGCUCCGUCGCUGCUCGAGAGUGACGGCGAGCGGCCCCUGCAUCCUCCCGUCACAGAUAAGGAAACUGAGACAGAGAUGUGAAGUAACUUGUCUGGGUCAUAGAGUGGCACAAUUAAAGACCUGUUAUGGCAAUAAAGAAAGAGACUGGAUUUGUCAUUUUCACCUAAAGAAAAAUGACCGACAAAAAUCAAACCUGUGGUGUGGGACAGGAUUCAGUGCCCUAUAUGACUUGUCUGAUUCACAUACUGGAACAAUGGUUUGGUGUGGAGCAACUGGAGGAUUACUUGAAUUUUGCAAACUAUCUCUUGUGGGUUUUUACGCCACUAAUACUUCUAAUACUUCCUUAUUUUACUAUCUUUCUUCUCUACCUUACUAUUAUUUUCUUACAUAUUUAUAAGAGGAAGAAUGUAUUAAAAGAAGCCUAUUCUCAUAAUUUGUGGGAUGGUGCAAGGAAGACAGUGGCAACUUUAUGGGAUGGACAUGCAGCAGUUUGGCAUGGUUAUGAAGUUCAUGGGAUGGAAAAAAUACCAGAAGAAGGGCCAGCACUUAUAAUUUUUUAUCAUGGAGCUAUUCCUAUAGAUUUUUACUACUUCAUGGCUAAAAUUUUUAUCCACAAGGGCAGAACUUGCCGAGUAGUAGCUGAUCACUUUGUUUUUAAAAUUCCAGGGUUUAGUUUGUUACUUGAUGUAUUUUGUGCUCUACAUGGACCAAGAGAAAAAUGUGUUGAAAUUCUGAGAAGUGGUCACUUGUUAGCUAUUUCACCAGGUGGAGUUCGAGAAGCCCUACUUAGUGAUGAAACCUACAACAUCAUAUGGGGUAAUCGUAAAGGCUUCGCUCAGGUUGCAAUUGAUGCUAAAGUGAUGAGGAAACUCAGGCACAGAGAGAUGAAGGGAUGGAGGGACCAGGUGAUAAAGCCAGGCAGAAGCAGAGCAGAGCAUACAGUUCAGAGCUGCAGGCGGCCGGGGCGUUUGCCAUCCCUGACUGCAUCUCACAGUGAGUCCGCUGACCUAGAGAUUAGAGGGCCUUCCAGAGACAUGAGAGAAAUUCCAAUCUCUUACGGAUACAGUUGUAAAUAGCACAAUCCCUGUGUAGGCCUUACAGUAUUACCAUGAACCUUGAGGAAAAAUUUUAUACUGUUGCAGAACUAACGUUUAGAUUUUGAUGUGGUAACAGGAAAAAAAGACUAGGCUAUCAAUGCAAGUUUGUGAAAUACUGAUAGAAAAUCUUUAAGAUUCAUCUGAAAGGUAUGGAUACUAUAAAUUUAUAUAAGAUAAAUCACUCAUUUUGUGAAUUCUUGAGAAUUAUAAUUUUGAUAAGAAUUUUUACAUAACUUCAUAACUAAUAAGUUGGGGGGGGAAUAGCCCACUUACUCUACCAGAAGUAAAAAAAGAAAAUUAUUUCAUUAAAACUGUUUAUAUAUAACAUCUUAAUCUUAAAAAAAACUUAGAAUAAUUGUCAUUUUAUCUGUGAAGAAACUGAACUUUAAACAUGGUAAGUAUAUUGUCCAAUAUUCUCAUUCUUUUUUAGUGGUAAAGACUCCAAAACCAUGUUAAAGUAACUUAUUUCCUUAAGAGCAGUUUUAACAAAAUAAACUCUGUCUCUUGCACAUAUCUAUGCACACACAUACAGAGAGACUCGUGUACAUGUAAACAACUUAAUGCUAGCUUGUAUAUGAAGUAUGUACAAGUAAAGGAAUAUAUAAUUAUUCUAUAGUAUCAUGUUAUCACAAGGCCAUGCUUGUAGCUUUAAGACUGGAAGCUUGAAUGCAAACUUAGAAACCAUAUGCCCAUAGCGUAGCCUGGAAAAUGGAACCUACUAGGGUAAGCUUUCUCCUUUCCUAUGUUCUAGAUUCUAGUUUUUAAAGAAUGAUGUGUAAUCUUAAAAGUCUUCAUGAAGUUUAUGAAAUACAUACUUCAAAACAGGGUUCAAGUCUCAUUCCCAUCAGUAGAUAUUUGUGGCAUAAAUAGAGAGGCAAAAUGGAAUGUGUGGGGGUAUGUGCGCUGAAAGGUAGAAACCUUCUGCUCCUGGAUCAUAAACUCAUUUUUUUUUACAAUAGAGUCAAUGUAUUUUGUCUUAUAUGUCAACUUUGUUAAAUUCCUCAUCUGACUGCUUACUUACUUGAAAUCUCUUUCCUAAUUGAUUUUAAGAUUGCUGCUGCCUAUUUCCUUUGUAUUCAGAGAAUACAGAUUAGUUCAUUAAAUGCAUUAUUUCUCUGUUCUGUUUAUUUACUCCUUCUUUAAUUCAUCUGUUACACUCUCUUUUGCCACUCAGUGUAUUCCAGGCACUGUUUUAGGUUCCAGAGGGUAGAGCAGUGAACAAAGUGUUCCUGCUAUUGAAUUUCUUCCUUUUGAUACAGGAGAGGUAAAUAAAUAAUUGAUCACAUGUAUGUGUAUGUAAUAGUAAAUAAGGUAGUAAGUUUUAUGAAGAAAGCUAUUCCUAUAGUUUCUUCAUAUAUUUUACUGUUUUUCAAAGCUGAAUAGAAAUGGCUUUUUAAAUGUCAGCUUAUUUAAAUAUCCAAACCCUGUUCAUUAAGGCAGGUAAUUCUGUAUUGGGGAAUUCUCAUGAUAGACUCUAAGUGAUACCUUCCUAUGGGUUUUUUAUAAUAUAAUAUUGUAUGAAAACAACAUUUAAUUCACUAUAUUUUGUUUACACUUUAAAGUAUUUUAUUGUUUUUCUUUUUUAAUCUACUUAAGUUUCACAGUG